AAAGAACUCAGAUGGUCAAAAAUGCAAUGGCGCGUUCAGUUCAAAACAACUUUAGCUUAACGUAGCGCGAUACAAAGUCCAAGUAUUUCACUCAGCUCACAUUUGAAGCCACGUCGGUCCCGUUUCAUGUAAGAAAUGGAGGAAGUUGUGAUGGAAUCCGCUGAUUUUUCUGGCUGUCAAGCUGAGCUCGAGGUAGCAGAAGCUUGGGAAACUGUCACAGCAGCUCUGAUGUUUCCGGGCUGCGGGCCUGAAGAUGGGAAGCUGUCGAUGUGCCUGCAGGUGUUGUGCGCUCAGGGUGCCGCAGAGCUCCUGGCCAGUUGGCUGCUGGAGACACUGCAGAUGCGCUUAUCGUCUACCGUGGUUCCCGAGUUUUGGUGCAGACUCAAGCAGGUGGAGAAGGAAGAGGAGGAGAAGGGUCGCAUCCGGAUUCUCCUCACUGCUUUCCAGGCUCUGCUGGAAAGCCUGCGGCCUUUUCUAGUGGCUUUGGAGCGGCUGGGGGCAUGGCAGGACAAGGGCCUGGAAGGUCUGGGCGGGCCCGGGACGCCUGGCCUCCGGCAGCGCGCCUUCACCAUCAUAAGGGGCCUCCUCCUCUUUCCGCCCUCGCAGCUUCUCCAAGAACGAGUGCUGGACUUCUACAGCAGGACCUUCUCUAUCUACAUCAAGCACCAGGGCCGCGUUCAGGGCCCCGAUGGGGGCGUCUGCGGUGGCUGCGGGGUCCCUGUCGAAGAGUGUUGGUGUCAGGAGGCUCUCCGGCACGUGCUGGAACUCAGCCGCGUUCUCUCCACGUUGGAGCUUCAGGAGUGGGUGAGCUGCGACGCCGUCACGGCCAUCCUUCACAAACUCAUCGAGCAGUGGCUUGAGCAACACUGCCGGGGAGAGUUCGAGAGAUCCUUCCUGGACGAGUUUCAGGAGUGGUUGGAGCUGGUGGUAGGCUGGCUGGGUCAGGUGUUUUCUGGCCAGGAGGCCGGCGACGGCACAGCUGGCUCGGUGCUGAAGCAAUGGCGCUGUCACAUGCAUCAGUUCUUCUGCAGGAUCUACGUCAACAUGCGCAUCGAAGAGUUGUUCAGUAUCAUCAGAGACUUCCCGGAAUCUAAAGCGGCAAUCCAAGAUCUCAAGUUCUGCUUGGAAAGAACUAACCAACGCCAGCAGCUCCUCACUUCACUCAAGUCCACUUUUGAGAAUCGCCUGCUGCACCCUGGUGUCCACACGUCGGACAUCCUUACCGUUUACAUCUCGGCCAUCAAGACCCUCCGAGAGUUGGACCCGUCCAUGGUGGUUUUGCAGGUCGCCUGCCAGCCCAUCAGGAAGUACCUCAGGACUCGCGAUGACACGGUGCGCCAGAUCGUGGAUGGCCUGACGGGCGACGCGGUGACCGGCUGCGCCGAACUGGCUUCGGAGCUUUCCCGAGGCGACCCGGUCACCCUGGAGAUGCAGGACAGCGACGAGGAAGGUGGCGACCCCGAGGGCUGGGCCCCGGACCCCACCGACGCUGUGGCUGAUAAGUCGGGCUCUAAGCGGCGCUCUUCGGACAUCAUCAGCUUGCUGGUGAGCAUCUACGGCAGCAAGGACAUCUUCAUCAACGAGUAUCGCACCGUGCUGGCUGACAGGCUGCUUCAAAUGCCCAACUACCACACCGCCAGGGAAAUUCGGAACGUGGAGCUGCUGAAACUUCGCUUCGGCGAGUCCCACAUGCACUAUUGUGAGGUCAUGCUCAAGGACAUGGAUGACUCGCGCCGUAUCAACGGCAACAUUUGCGAGGAGGAGGAUGAGGCGGAGUCACAGGAAGAAGGGGUGGAGUCCGCGCCUGCCCCUUGGCUGUCGGCCAUCAUCUUUUCGUCAGAGUUUUGGCCGAAGCUCAAGGAGGAGAAGAUGGAGAUGCCACCGCUGGUGCAACACGCAACUGAAGCUUACACACGCCGAUAUGAGAAGCUCAAGGCCAUGAGGACACUGAGCUGGAAGCCUCAACUGGGCUCGGUCACGCUGGACGUGGAACUGGAAGACCGCACCGUUAGCAAUGUUAAUGCGUCACCCCUGCAAGCCGCCAUCAUCCUCCUCUUCCAAGACAAAAGCAACUGGAGUGCGGAGGAGCUGAGCGCCGAGCUGGGCGUGGCCACGGAAGCGGUGAACCGGAAGUUGGCGCUGUGGCAGCAGUUGGGAGUCCUGCGCGAAGAGGGCGGCGGCCGCUACGCCGUGCAGGAGAGGGCGGCCGCCUGCAAGGACAAGGCGGAGCGCGGCGGUGGUGGCGCCAUGGUAGUGGUAGACAGCGACGACGAGCGAGACUCUAACAUCGCCAUGCAGACACAGCAAAGGGAGGAGAAGAUGCAGCUGUUCUGGGCGUACGUGCAGGCCAUGCUGACCAACUUGGAAUGCAUGACGUUGGAGCGCAUCCACUCUUUGCUGCGGUUGUUUGUGGCCACGGGGCCCGUCGUCACAGAGAUGGACGUGAGCGAGCUGGAGGCCUUCCUCCAGCGGAAGGUGGCCGAGCACCAGCUUCUCAUGUCCUCUGGAGUCUACCGGCUGCCCAAGAAUGCCUGAGCCGCCGCUGCCUAGAAAGGAGACGCCGGCGACAGUGCGCUGUCACGCUUUCCAAAAGUGCUCAAAGAUCAACUCCUACAACAUUUCCAGGUACGGGAGCUAAUCCAGAAAGCGGGAAAUUUCUGAAACCAGUUCAGAUUGAACUCUUUUGAACGUCAAUGUUGACUGUAUUCCUAGCGGUUAGCUAGUUGAAACCAUUCUGCAUUUAAGUCUUUGUGUGUCAAUCUGAGGGUAUUCUGGGCAGUUAGUAUAAAGCUAAUGUGAGCAAUUAGCUAGCUGGAACCAUCUUGGAUUUAAGACUUUAUUCAUGUGGUUGCUAGGCAACAGUUAGUUUGAAAAAAAUAAUAAGCCACAGGGUCACAAGUUUGUGGCACAGUAAGUGCAAAUAAAAAAACUUGUUCAUCUUUCUUUGUUCACGAGUCCAUGAAGAACAGAGCUGGCGCCACCUUCAGGUCCAUUUUAUCCUCUUUGGCACCAGUGAGGCUUUUAGUUGGCAAUGUGACACAC